GCAUUCUAGCGGGAGUUCGAGAUAGUAGGAGUUGGUGUUUGGAUUUUAACGUCAUAUAAAACUUCCUUUUAGCAUCUUGGUUGCUUCUGAGAGGAUAUACAUCCUUAGUGUUGAUAAAUAACCAUAACUAGUUUCACCCACUCAUUUUCUUUGAUACUUGAAAUUUCGCAACACCUUGUCUCUGUAAUCAUCGAUUUGAACUAAGUGUCCUACUGUUCCAUAACCCUAACAUUGAACCGUAAAUCCUAAUUCCCAACGCUAAUAUGUAACUCCCAUCUAACCCCGUUAAGUGGACGGACAUUUCUAGGUCGUUUUGGCGUUGCUCAAAAGUCUUACCCAAAACUACAGUGAACUUGAGAUAUCAAUUAAAAGAAUCGGUAUACAGAUACGGGAAGUCGUUAUCAAGGGUCACCUAAUCUUCCGAAUCUAGGGAGAAUGUGUCAACUUCGGAAAAGCUCUAGUACAAAACUUCGGAGGAGUAACAAUACCCCCCUUCCAGCCAAAGAAGUUGGUGAAGCCUAGUAGGCCCUUCUGGAGAGAAACAGGGCACAUCAAAGCACAGCACAUUUACCGGGACUAGAAUGGUUGUUUCUGCAUACCUUUGGAGUUUGCCCAAUGACGAGCAACUCCAUAUGAUACAUGUAUCACUUUCGAGAAAAUUUUUUGUCUUUUUCCAUUCCAAAUGUAGUUGUGCUAUGUUUAUCUGUAGAGUUCGUAAUCAGUUAAUGAUUAUAUGUAGAGUGGGUGAUUAGCUCGAUCUCCCUCACCCGGGUUACCGCUGACGUCAGUUCAUGAGUCAUUCGUCUCAUUAUCCAGGAGGCACGACGCGGACGUGUGAGUCGGAUUUCGCCUCCCGAAGUAACACUCAAGGCCCCAAAAUCUCCCCUGUCUAGUGAAAACUACGAUUUUUUUAUAGGACCUUGAAGAAAUCCGCAAAACUUCCCAGAAAUUGGGAUAUUUGGUUAAAUGCAUGUCAAAAGUACUAUUUACUACUGGGUUUUGAAAUUCACUUUUUCCAAUAUCUAAUACUUUUGUAAUAAACUGGUAUAAACCAGUUGAUUGUUUUGCACACGUGUAUUGAUGUUGAGGAAGCUGUUCCAGAAAAAUAGUGAACAUUUGGGGCCUAAAGUCAUUUACUAUCCUAUUUAUCCUAUAAGCCGUUGAAGUCUGCUGUCUGUCAGCUAAAACUCAGGAUCAGGUACAUAUAUCGAGCCAAGUUGCCAUAUCUCAUUAGCACAACAAGAUCAACACCAAAUUCAUAGAAGUAGUUACUUCAGUGGUAACAAUAUAUAAAAAAAGAUAUAAUAGAGAAAGAAUCAGUCCGUAGAACUAAAGGUAUAAAGUAGUUUUAAUGUCACGGUUUAAGGGAAGACAGAGAGUGUAUACACCGACGCCAUUGUGAUCACUUCUGAACCAUAUCACCCAGAAUCUCCAACCAUUUGUUACGAUAGUCAUACAGACCCCAACCAAGUAGUCUGCAUUUACUAAAAUGGCUCAGACCAGACGUUAGUGACUCCAAGCACUAAUGCAACGUUUUGGUCUGGCCGCCCCUAAUUUUCUUACAACCAUCCCCAACACUAGUCAGCAUUGCGCGUCAUGGUAAUCCGUGUUCAGGCAUGCGCAACACGUGGCCCAACCAUCUCAGUCGAUGAAGGUUCACAACUGAUUUACCAUCAUUCCCUAAUAUUCCGCGCCUAACCUCACUAUUACCCGGUGAUCCCAACAGGUGCGAGCAUAAUUUCUAAGACAUCUGCGAUCAUAUACUAGUAACUCGCAAGUAUUUUCUACUGUUAAUGGCCAUGUUUCGCAUCCUUAAAGUAGAACAAAACGAACUGCCGUGCAGUAUACUUGUCCUUUAAUUUAUAGACGGAUAUUUCGCCAUAGGUGACAUAAGUUGGCAAAAGCCGAACGAGCUUUCUGAAUCCGUGCAGAGGCUUCGUCAGACACCAACCUAUUAGGGUUAAUCAGACUUCCAAGAUAAGCGAAGUUGUCAACGCGUUCAACUACUUCAAUCCCUAUCUCUAGUUCAGGAGUUGACGCAGCCCAGUCCUGAAGCAAUAACUUGCAUUUAGAGGGGCAGAAGCACAUCCCAAACAUCCUGACACUGUUGCUACCAAAAGACUGCAUUUUACCAGUGUCUCCACCAAACAGAACUAUGUCAUCUGUGUAUUCUAAAUCGAUAAAUAUAGCUUCUGAUAGGAGAUCAAUGCUCGAAAAUUCAGUCGACGAGAACGUCAUUUCCAGCAGUAGGUCUAUCGUGAAAUUAAACAAAAGUGGAGAUAGUGGACAGCCUUGAUGGACACCACAUGAGGUUGCGAAAUCAGAUGACAGUUCACCAUAAGCUCUGACUCUACUGGUGGUGUUCGAGUAAACGGCCUUCACAAGGUUUAUGUACUUCUGAGGUACACCUUUCAAUAACAGACAUUGCCACAGAACCUCUCGGUCUACAGAGUCAAAUGGUGUUUUUAAGUAAAAAAAAUUAUCAUUGUUGGACACCGAUAAGCAUGCCUGUGUUCUAGGACCUGACGACUGGUGAAUAUGUGGUCGAUGAAGCCAGACUAAUUUUCUCGUGCUUGCAGUUCACGAGUCUUUGUUAAGCGUCCGAUAAUUAUUGAAGCUAGUAUUUUAGUUUCUAUGUUAGUCAAACUAAUCCCUCUAUAGUUAGCAUAGGAUGAUUUUGACCCCUUCUUAUGUAUUGGGACAAUCAGUAAUUGCGACCAGUCAGGUGGGGUUACGUCCAACUCCCAGAUUUUAGCUAAAAUAUUAGUCAAUCUAAUCGCUAAAACUGGGCCACCAUGGUUAAAGACCUUUAGAGCCAAUUCAUCUGAACCAGCUGCUCUUCCUCGUUUCAGAUUAGCUAUUGUUUCUUAAACUUCAGUUACUGUCGAGAAGUCUGCAAUAGCAAAAUUUAAAAAUGUUCAACUUUCCAGGCAGUUCAUCGUUUGAUUAUCUGCAUAUCAUCGCAGAUUUAAGUUGUAUUCCACUCAGUGGUUUACAACAUACACCAUCCCCAUGUAUAUCCUUCAUCGAUGCUGUGUGUCGCAGUAAAGAUGUGUUUAUCCAUCUUUAUGAUGGUACAUUAUCCCUUACUGUUUUAAAAUCCCUAUUUGGAUGGUCAAGAAUUAUCUGCUUCUUGAUGGUUUCGUUAUUGUGACUCUUCUCAGGAUACCUAGCUUGUCGUAUGCCCUGACGGUGUUCACGUAAUUUUCGGGUUGCCUGAUCUGCCAAGGGCGAUGGAACAGUGCAUGAUGCUAUUGUUGUGUGCUAGGUUCAAAGAGAAUUGUAUGCUAUAUGCAUACAAAUUUGCCCCGUUAUUGUUCCUAUUUGCCCCCAAAUGCCUUGGUACAGCCGAGAGUGGGGAGAGUCCGCUCUACCUCUCGAAAUGCUCUCACAUGGCCACGCGUAUAUAGCCUCUGUCAGGGAAGUCCUACUCAUUGCCUUUUCGUGGCACUAUUGUUGUUUACGAAAUUGAGAGGACGAAAAGCGAAUGUUGGUGGACAUGGAGAGUCCACCUAGGGGAGUUGGAAAACUCUGAUUCCAAACCACUGGUGCACAUGGGCUCCAGUAUCCUGAAGGAGCAAAUGGCAUAUGAACCAGUUUCUUGGUCACUGGCUACCAUGGGACUGCAUCUACUCACGAUGCUCCACUGCCUUGUGGAUCAGACCUUCAGGUCGAAAGCUCUAGGUGUGGCUCACUAAGAAAACCACCUGCUUCGUUUUGGGCACCCGGGCAGUAUCACAGCCCUCACACAUAUCAAAUGAGAUUUGUGUGGCGCAUAUGGUGCCCCCUUGUACCAAUAUCUAUGUGUUAAAAUGAAAUGAAUCCCCACGUACGUAGUGUUAUUCUUCGUGGUCCCUAACACAUCAUUAAGUUUCGGCAUGUGGCGAUUUUACUGCAAAUAUUCGGGCUGCGGUUGAUGAUGAAGCCAACACGUAUUUCUAUUCAUUUACUGUCUUGUAAUUCUCUUGCAAAUUCAGUGAUCAUAUAUGGUCAUUCUCGAGUUGAGGCCAAAUUAACCCUUCUAGUAGGCUAACAAACAUUUCUGUUGAUCGUGAUCAUAGUAUUUGCAGUGAAAGUCAAAUCGUAGCAGUUAUGUUAUAUUUAUUCGUCGGUAGCCCCCAUGAUGCUGCUAUCAUGUUCCAUCCCUUUUAUUCAGAUUAUUGGGGUUCAUCAAUAUCUGCAGGGCUUCGUAUGUCAAUCCUCCUCUCUAAAUCACAAAACCUUUACGAAGGAUUUUGAUUUUUAGUUCUAAACUCCAAAGAAAACAAUCCAUAAUAUUUGACUUCAAUUGGUAAAAUCCCUACUAAUGUAAUUCAUAUGUAACGUCUAUUCACUCGGCACCCAGUUUUCUUAAACAUAUUCGUCCAAAUCCGAGAAUUUAUGCUGAUUUAUUUACCUUAAAGCAUAUAAGGAAAGUCUGGUCCCAAGUAGAAAACAUAGUAGCCACCUGUGUUAAAUAACAUUUUGAAGCAGCAAUACUUUGAAGUCUUUUUAUCAACUAACAAUAAUCCUGGGUGCUUGUUUUAGAAUGGAAUCUCAGAAAGUGCGUAAAUCAUGGUUCGGUACAGAUAGAAAUCCUUUGUGUAUAACGUCUCUGGAUCAAGAUCGACCCUUCUUAACAGUUUCGCAGUCUUAUCUCAUUAAGAAGCAGUCAGAAUCUGACCAGAUCACCACGCAAGAUGAAAAUGCGAGUGGAACAAAAUCACCCAGUGGCAAUUAUGAAGUGACUUUACAUGGAGACGAGAAUGAAGUUCCUUUCACAGUAAACGUCUCUGACACUCUUUCUGUAUCCAUGUUCUCAAGAAGAGCUGUUGUAGAUUUUGGUACGACCAACUUUACAGGAAGGUCACUGACUCGUUUCUUGCUGUUAGUAAACCAUUUUGAUGAAGAGCAAUCAGUGAUGAUCCAACGUAGUCCUCCGGAAAAUGAAUUCACCAUUGAUUGGAUAACUUCGGAAACUGACAAUUUUACAUCUCGACCAUUCCAUCCUGCAAUAUCUAAACGAAUCAUCCUCAAGCCUCUCCAUGGUAGAUCUCUCAUGAAGAUAACCUGGAUACCUAUUCGCGAUUCUGUCUCAGGUGGUGUUUACAGUUUUCAUCAUGUGAUUCAGUUUCGUGUUAAUGACGCUUACUUUAUUCAGGCUGUCAUUGUCGGUCGUUUGUUACCACCUGAAAGGCCUAGUCGUUCCAAGUUUCUUGCACCUAGAAAAACAAUAACUAAUCGAUUUUCCAAUUUACCCGCUUGGAUUAAAACUUCUUCCUCCAAUUCGUCUGCAUACUGUUCUAAAAAUAAUAUAAAAAAUAAACCUGCUAACUCACGUUCCAUUUCUCCAAUAUCCGAAAUUCAUCGCCAUAUAUCUUCUUCAUUUUCUACACAACCUACAACCGUCUUUGGUCAAAGCUGUGAUUUCAAUAAUCUCACCACUUCUAGCUUCACAUCUGAAAGACCUCAGAAUACAGAUUGUUGUCGUCCACAAGCAAUUGAAAAAUCAUUUAUCGAUGAAUUAAGUGCAGACGACUUUCUACUUAAAACAACAGAAAGUCGACGUCGAUCAAGUUCACAGCCGACAAGUGCUACUCCCACUAGAAAUCUGUCUGUUUUUGGUAGAUUCCAUGAGAUGAAGGAGCUGAGUUCAUCUAGACAGUCAAUAACUGGAUCAAAUAAGUUGUGCUCAGAUACGAAUUUAACUACAGAUGUGAAUUUUUUGAAUUGCACUGCUACGGCGUUUGUUUCACCGAAGCUUGUACGUUCACCUGCUUUGAAAGGAGUUACCUGUGCACCUGUAUCCACCUAUAAAAAGAAACAGGAUGGAAAUCUAUUUUACACUAACGUGACCUCUGUUUUAUCUGAGAUGAGUGUUUAUGGUUUGACUCAGUGGCUGAAUGGUGUAUUUGCUCCAUGUAUUGCAGCUAAUAGUUACAAUGGACAUCCAAUGACCUCUUCCAAGGAUAUUUGUGUAGUUGGAUCAAGUGUGUAUCAUUCAACAGUGGAGAAAGCAGUUGAAUUACUGACUUCAACUGUUAUAAUGACUCCUGGAGAACGCAUAGAACGUGAAGUAGACAAUGGAAAGCUAACACCUGUCCAACUGCUAUCAUUUCGUGUUGAUAAAGGUUCCCAACGUCGAAUUCAAGACUAUUUGUUGUUAAAUUAUGCUCCAAUCUGGCUGCAUCUUACUUUGGAUGCGUUAAUAAGUUCUUCUUCGACUCAGUCUUAUUCAUCAGUCACGUCACACAAUGCUUGCUCUACAAUUAUACCAGAGAUUAAUGACCAACCCUACCCUGAGGAUAACAAAAAUGUAUAUACAAGUUGUUUAUCUAAAAAGAUACAUAGUUACCUUUUUGAUUCUUUCAGUCUGAAUAAACCACUUUUACCAAUUAAACCAGCUGCUGAUAAUAAAAAACUAAAACAGUCGUCUCAUCAUACAACUAGAAACGAUACAAAUUCGACAAAGCCAAAUAUAUUACCAAACCGUGAUAUCCUCUAUAAUCGUCAUGUGAUCAAACGAUUUAUCAUAUUUAUUUGGAUUAUAGACUGUUUUAAAAGGCAUAUGUUAAUUAAAUAUGAUCCAUGCUUAUUUCGUAUUAAAUCUCUCAUUAAAUCCUCUUCAUCGCUCUUAUUAUCGUUUGCUCAAAAUUUUCUUCAUGGUGAAAAUAAUCUAGUUCGUCAUUUAGCCUACCUAGGAGCACAAGUCACAGUAAAUCAAACACCACUAGACGAAUAUCAAUUUACUGUUGAAAACUUGGCCGUGGACUUAAGGGAUGGUGUUCGUUUGGUAAAACUUGCUGAAUUAUUAAUUCCUACAUUGUCUACUGAGAAACUAUCUACCGUCAUCAAACCAAAUAGUCUCAUGUCUAUGGUUCGAUUCCCUGCUAUAAGUCGCCUUCAAAAAAUACACAAUGUUGGGGUUGCCCUGAAAUCGUUUGAACAAUAUGGUCAAAUAUCAAUGGCAGACGGGAGCUUAAUUGAUCCUCGUGAUAUUGUCGAUGGACAUCGUGAAAAAACCCUUACAUUACUUUGGUGCUUAUUGUUACGUCAUCAGGUUCUUGCCUUACUUGACCAUUCCGCAUUAGAAAAUGAAAUUCACACUCUUGAAACAAAUAUCAAUUCAUCUGAUACAAAUAUGUGUGUGAACGAAUUAAAUCAUCUAAAGUUAAAUAUAUCUACUGACAAUAAUGUAAAAGACGAUAAAAACCAUAUGGCUCACUUCAAAUUACUGUACUGGGCUGCUUUAGUUUGUCAUUUGUAUAAUGUUCCAGUUACUAGUUUAGAUGAAUCGUUUACCGAUGGUAGAGCAUUAUGUUAUCUGUUGCACCAUUAUUUACCAACUGUUUUACCUCAAGGUUUAAUUCGCCAGUGUACAACGUAUACUAAUAAUAAUCUAUCGGUUCCACUGCCGAACCACUUACUCAUACGCAACAAUCUGUUCAAUUUAUCGUUGUUUCAAAAGAAACUCUCAAUUCUAGGUGAUGUUCCACUGCUUCUUUCUACUCCAAUUUCAUCGGCUAAUUUUAGUAAUAUUCUUCCACCUGGAUUAGUUAUCACUAUUUUAGCGUAUCUGGCUAACAGAUUAGUUGUUGGUCCUUCAGAUAAACAUAAAUUAAAUCUGCUUAUUCGUGAUAAUGCUGCAUGUAUUAUUCAAAAUGCCUGGCGCCGUUUUCAAGAUUAUAUUAAUUUCUCUAAGUUAAAAUUAAUACCUUAUGGAAGGGAAUGGCGUAAUGAAAGAAAGAGAAUCAAAGCAUGCACUACUAUCCAGGCAUUUGUACGUGGUUAUCUUGUUCGUAAACAAGUUGUACAGAUCAAAUCCUUGAGAAACUCUGCUGCAAUAAUAAUACAAUCUUAUGUUCGUCGAUUUUUAAUUCGAUGUUAUUUUAAACGCAUUCACCAAUCCGCUACCUUAAUCCAGAGCGCUUGGCGUGGUUACCAAGCACGCCAAAAUUAUACCCUAUUGAAAAAGUCCUGUAUUAUACUGCAAGCAUUCUCACGUGGAUUCCUAGCCCGUAGAUAUGUUGCACAGUUACAAGAACAUCGAAACAAAUCAGCAACAAUAAUACAAUCUCAUUUCCGUAGAUUAAUUGUUCAACGUAGCAUAAAAAAUUGGCAUAAGUCAGCUAUUCAAAUUCAAAGUGCCUGGCGAUGUUAUCACAUUCAUCAACAAUAUAUCAACUUAAAACAUGCAUGUCUAACAAUUCAACGAUAUGUACGUGGGUAUUAUGCUCGUAAAUUUGUUGUGGAAACACGUUCUAAAAGGACUUUGGCGGCCACCGUGAUACAAUCGUAUUUCCGAAGUUAUUUGGUCAGACUUGAGAUUUUCCGUUGGCAUACGGCAGCAGUUCAAAUUCAGAGUAAAUGGCGUAGUUAUUUCCAUAGACAAAGAUUCCUGUCUUUGAAAUCGUGGUGUAUCACUAUCCAAAAAUAUGCACGAGGAUAUUUGGCUCGAGAACGUCUUGCAACAGUCCAAUAUAAUAGGAAUUCAGCAGCCACAGUUAUACAGUCUCAUUUUCGUAAAUUUCUAGUAUUGCGUAGAAUCAAUGUUUUGCAUAGUUCAGCUCUACGAAUACAAUUAUUUUGGCGCUUUCAUCGCUCUCGGAGAAUUAUUACACAGUUUAAAGAUAUCGUCUUACUUGUUGUUGAACGUCACAAUUCAUCUCGCAUGAUUCAACGUUGGUGGCGUGCAUGUUUUCUUCUUAAGUUUAUAGCUAGGCAACGUUGUUCUGCAAUACGAAUACAAGCCGCAUGGAAAGGUUUUCGAAUUCGUAAACAUUUGUUUACUUUAGCUCAAUCUUCUAAAAAGGGCGCAAACAUUACGAAAAUAUCAAGUCGAUUGGACAGUCGGGAAACACAUCUUGUUACAUCUAAGUCAAAGUCUGUUCCAAGUUUGCAAAAUUCCAAACCAAAGCUUCAUAAAGAAAAGUGUUUGCUUUCACUUACACCUUUGGAAGCCAAGUCUCUUAUAGAUAUUUGUUUUCGUUUGAAUAAGGCAGCAGAGCGUGCUCAAACUAAUCCUCAUUUAACCUUAGCUUCGAAAGCCCGAAAUGCAUUGAAACAACUUUCUCACUCUACAUCUGUAAAUCAAAUACUUGAUGCAAUCAAACUUUUAGAAAUGACUACCGGUUUCUCGGCAGAACUUUGUUAUUGGAUAGUUGGUUUGUCACCUCCUAAAAAGCCAAUGUACAAUAAUGCAUGUUUCAAUGAACAGGAUGAGAACUCACCAUGUGCACUUAUUCGUUUUUUUCAAAUUAUGAUGGCUUGUAAUCGUUCUGUUCCACAUGAAGAUAUUUUUAUAGCUAUUACAGGAAUUUUUUUAAAUAUUGGACGACAUAAAGAUCUAGCCAGUAAUAUAGAUUUAUGGUGGAAUCCUUUGACUUUUAAGUCAAAGAGACCUUUUGCCACUAAUGAGAAUGAAAAUAAUGAAAAUGAAGAAUUUCAACCACCAGCUAUUGUACGUUUAAUAAAUACCCAGUUAAGGCGUUAUCAAAGUCUUCCAGGUUUAUGUACAACUGUAUCUGAUUUACAGCUUACCAUCUCUACACAGUCACAUCUCAAAAAACCUAACCGCGUUAAUUCAGUGGAAUCAAAAUUACCGCACAAUUCGGUGUCUAUUACUCAGAAUAUGAGUUUAGUUGAAGUUUUAAUGGAAAUACUUCAGAGGACAUGGCGUGCUCGCCCUGGAACAGUGAGUGUACGUCUAUUCAGUCGUACUUGUUGCGUUUUGGCUCUUCUAUUCAAUUCAGCUCCUCCUCAUUUAUUUUCCCAAAACUCUUUUUUAUUGCCUACAUUACAAGAAAUUUAUGAAGGACUUUAUCGCCGAUCUGACCCACAUUCUCGAUUUCACCUUAAUUUCGAUCCAAUCGGUGAUUCUGCUAAUUUUCUAAAUGUUAAUGAAGUCCAUUUAAAGGCAUCAAACGCUGAAAUGAAAAAACUUCGUGCUUAUCUUAGUUGUGAAUUGGAUUGGCAUUUUCGUCCAAUCAGAUCUCGUCUUAAUCCAUUAUUAGCUAUUCAAUAUUUAUUAAUAAUUACAAUGAGAAAAAAUUACUGAUGCAUAAUUGUUACUGCUUUCUUUGUAUUCUACGAAUAAUUCCAAAAAUUAUUUAUUUAUAAAUAAUAUAGUAAUUUUCUUAUAGUCUUCUCUAUCUAUAUUGUGUCAGUCGGAUGUGUUCUAUGUGAAUAUUGUUCGUUAUUACGUAAGCUUAAAUUGUGUUUUAUACAUUUUACCUUUUUUUUCUCAUUAUCUGCUUGGAUUCAUCGAAAUACUUCUGCGCAAUGCAUAUUCAAAUUGCCAGUAUACGAUCUUAAAGUAUCCUCUUCUUUUUUUUAGCUUCCCGUUUGCUUUUACUGUACGCAUUUGUUUAUUUCUUAAAUAAACAUAUAGAAAACCAUACUAUGGAUGAAUUUUUUAACCAUUUUUUUCAAAGUUGUAUGAUUUAAACAAGGUAUUCUCUACAAAUUUUCGUUUGUAAGUAUUGUAUAUUUAAUUAAUAAGUUUAUUUAUUCAUAUUUCAAGUA